AUGUCGAUAACGGGGUCGCUAGUCGGUUACGAAAACAACAAUGAGGUAUCGAAGAAGAACCGCUCUCUGCUCAACAUAACCGCGACCUCCAACGCAUCCUCGAAGCAAUGCCCAAGUCUCAAUACAAGCAUAUCGAAUAGUGUGAUAACAACGGCCAGCAAUCAGUACCGGCAGCACCGAACAGAUGCUAGCACCGGGGGAGGCUGCACUUCCGGAGGCGGCACCAAAAAGCCCCGGCGGUUGCAUCUGAACACACUGUGGUCGGUGUGGUACGGUAUACUGAUUACCCUCCUGCAGGGCUAUCUGGUGCUCCAGGGAACGCACCGCUAUCUUGGUCUGUCCGCGCUGAGUUGGAAAUAUGAAAAGCCGACCACCGAACUGGACAUACAAAUAGUGUUUUGCGGGUUGGUGGUGUUGUUUCUGCCCCUGCUGCUGGCUGCCACGAUGUUCCGCGUAGGGAAUCUGGCCAAUGAUGGCAUUAAGCUGGCAUCCGGCACCAGACUGUGCUCGUCUGCACCCACCGACGGACUGGAGGAGGAAGCCUUCGAGGGAACACUACGAGCACUGUGGAUUCACGGAGGGCCGACUUCCGCUUUCAUACAUAUCAUAACGGCAAUAUGUCUGCUACUUCCGCGCUUGCUGCUAGAGGCAAAAGUGAUCGAAAAUGGACUGCUUCCCAAAGAUGACAUCUGGCGCACCGAUUUGGACUUCAUGGUCACUCAUAGCGAUCGGCUUGUGGUGUUAUCCUUUAUGACCUCGCCCUAUCCAAAUACAACUACCAAACCACCCCGUCCGCCAGGCUCGACCAACAGCGACUACGACGGUAAACUCUAUCGAAAUGGAUAUUUCGACCACAAUGAUCUGGUGGAAAAAUUUUCCGCCUACGAAGAAGAUGAUGGCGAAGAGUUCGGGGAUGACGAAGAACCUUUUCGAACUCAUGAGGCUUUGGAAGCGGACAAGGGUCUUCCUCCACCGUCUUCAAUUUCCAUUUCGACGAUGGAAAACUAUAACAUCAACGUAUUUGACACACCAACAACUAUGCACACUCUGCCGCCGGUACGAAACUUACUGACAACCACGUCCACUCCUAGCACUACAAUCACCGAAGAAAGAUCAACCACAGUUCUACCGUCAUCAACUCGACCAACAGGCCAGUCAAAGAAAAUCGAUCGAAACAAAAACUCCAACCAUAAUCGGAAACAUGCUGGAAGAUCACAAAGCACUGGAAAUCGCAAAGAAAAGCACCAUCAUCAUCAUCACAACCAGCAUCGACUGGAAGACGUCGAUACCCGCUUAGAACUGCAACCGCAGCGAGAGUUCGACUUUGAUGAGUUUGAGGACCACGAAAUCACCACUCUUUUUGAAGUGAAUCAUAGUCGCAAAGUGCAACCCGGAUCGAAGAGGGUUUCCACGACUACAACAACAACAACGGUAGCGACGACCAGCAGAACCAGUGGAACGUCUCCGGCUGCGGAUACCACCACCGAUACAACGAAGCCGUCCACUGCCCAGAGCGGCACGAAAAAGUUAACACCUACCAAGGACAGCAAUACACAUAUCAUCAAACCGAUGAAGCUGCCAGAGAAUGCGAUCCCGUCUACUCCCGUCACUACCAAUUCCAAGAUUAUCGAAAUCCGGCCGAGUACUACGGGAGAAACUACUAGAAGUACACCAAAGAAGAUUAAACGUUUCACCUCUGAUAACUAUAGUAGCGAGAGCUUGGAGAGUCUUGAGAAUAUUCCUAGCGUAGAUGAAGAUGAGUUUAUUAUUAAAGACGAAAACGGGAUGGAAAUACGGCCAGCGUUUCUGAUAGGAACCGUUCCAGGAAAUAUAACGACCAAGCAGGUUCAGUUGAGUGGCUUUGCCGGAUUUCUACAGCUCUUUCUACACGUUGAUCAGCAGUUCAACGCAAAACGUUGGACAUCCGUUCCCUGUUUGGAGUUCAUCAAUCUGGCAAUAGCUCUCAUGGCUUGGGCCGUCCGCUACCCGUCCGUUUUUUGGCACACUUCCAAGAUGUUCGCCUUUGUUUUCAGUUUGCAGAUGAUCGCGAAUGGGUUGGAUAUUUUGCUGAGCUUUUCCGGAGCGAGUGUACUGUACAAGCUGCAGACCUUAGGUCAGGGGCUACCACUGCAGGCGCCGACUUUGAUUUUGAACGGAACGGUAACGAUCGCGUUGACCAUUCUUUCCGUAAUAUUAACGAUAGCUUCCUCGAUGGUUCUGUACCUGUACGGUCAUGGUAAGCUGGCUGUAAAGAUCCGCGAUCGUCGUUUGAUUACCGACAAGCAGAGUACCGAUGUUUGGGCUUACUUUGCGCACUGUUCCUCUCUGUGUUUCGUACUAGCGUUGGCAGUGGUGAAGGCACCACUUCUUCAUGAUUUGAGUGCAGCUUACCGAGGCAGUUUGGAUGGAGCGGUUCUUGCUGCUGCUUUAGGUUCCGUAAUGCACCUGUUUCUCUGGAUCGUUCUGUGGCUUUGUUUGACCGCAAAGCGGCGUUGGCAUUUUAAGCUGCCGCCCUUGGAUGUAACGAGUACUCGAGCCGGUGUUUCGCAGCCCCUGCUGCGAGGAGGUUCACUGCUGCGUAACGUGAAGGGAGGUCCACCUGGGGAUAGUAACGGCGCAACCAGCAGCGAAGAGGAAACCAUCUACUGGCCAAAAAUUGCUCCGAAUUCGCCGAAAUUGAAAGUAACCUUCAACGAAGUCACCAGUACGUCAUCCGAUCAUGCCCAUGGCGAUCAUGACGGCAAUCGCCAUUCGUCCGGUGGAACCACGUUACGUAUGUCCAGUGUUACGGGGGAAACUGAUGACGGCGACUACGCUACGCUAAGAAGACCUGCCGGUGAUCUGGUGCAUCUAGGCGAGUACGAAGAUCAUCCGCCUCCGCCGGAUGAGCUGCUGGUCAAUCCGACUCACACAGACCACGCGGACGAUACCUCCGAAGAGGGAAAAUUACUUGCCUGCGUUCGCGAUGACAGUGUUACGUAUGCUUCCACUCGAGACCUGGAACCGCCUAUCACUCGUACAAUGUCGCGCGAAGCAUUCAUCCGAUCACCAGAGCAGCUGGCAAGUCCUCUAGCUCCCGUCACCGUUACAGUACACAACCAUGAAAACCUGGCACCCGGUUCAACGCCACGCUGUUUACGUCGUGCCGACUCCGGCAUGCCGAACGAAGCAUUGACACCCCGAUCUGAUACCACUUCAACAGAGAGCUCAGCCUCACCACCCGAUUGCCGAGAUGCUCCAUCGGAAACGUCCAGUGGGGUUCACUCCGGUGAAGAACGAGACGAAGUGGUCAUUCGGCCUCGAUCAGGACCAUACAAAUCCAUCAUCAAACCUCCUCCACCAGCGAUCCAGGAGGAACCUUUCGGGCGAACCACCAACAUGAAAAUGUCCAGCUUUAGCAAAGAUGCUUCCAGCGCUACACUCCCCUUGACGCGAGGUUCCAAUGAAAACCAUCAAUCUUACCCCCAGUGUAGCACGAUGCCACUUCCAGCCGGUUACCAUAACCAACAGCAUCACUAUCAUUCGCAGUCUUCUUUCACACCCCCUAAUUCCUCCUCCCGACAGCAGCUCCAGCAGCACACUACCCUACCCAAUGGGGUUCGCUAUACCUCCAAUCAAUUCCUGAAGCGAAUGCCCUACAUAAAAACGGCUGACUCUCCCUACGGACACUUGGGUCUGGGCAGUGGCCAUCAUACAUUCUCUAAACUCUUGCAGGAUCCAUUGGUGAUGCCACACCAAACACCUCCCACUCAUUCCCAAUCAACUUACAGUAGCUUCUCACCCGUUCCACCUAUUCCAGAGGAUCGUGACUCGGCAAACUACUCAAUGAUCUCCGACCAGGACCGGGAAAUGUACAUAAACGCUGUGCACGAUACGUCGAUACAGUUGCAGAAUUAG